AUGGGCGUGCGGGCUGAAAAGUUUUUUUGCGGGGGAACUGUCGUAAGACUGGCUGCGCCGGGGCACAGCACGGACUCGAGCUCAAGGACCUAUCUGGCGGAUCAGGACGCCGCCAUGAGGGCGUUCGCCGAGUUGAGUCGGGGUCGUACGACAUUUCAGGUGAGAGGGAAUGGCUCCAGGCGCGGAGAGAUUGAGGCGGACGAGGCCGAGCGACGAUGUAUGAAGUCGGGGUUUUUUGCUGAAGGGGCCGAACUAGAAUUCCACGAGGACACGGGUGCGGGCCUCAGCUUGUUGAAGAGGGAGGACUGGGAGCGGGCGGGAGUUACGCUGUCAACGACGACUGAGGAGACGAUCGCGGUGAUAGGUACUGGUCGUUUGUUUGUUACGGUGUUGGUUGAGGUCACGGUUUGUUCGAAGAUAUGUGUGGCCGGUGGCCGAUGCCGUUCCAGGCUGUGGAGCUUGUUAGUGUGGCAAAGGGAUACGUGGGAGUCGCCGAAGGCGGCGCAGGCCCGGUAUGAGGCGCGUUUCACGGUGAGGGGACGGCCAUACAAGGCGCGUACGAGGCACCCGGAGCUGGAGCUGCGGGAGGAGCUGGAGGCGCAGGUGAAGAAGAAGUUGGAGUUGGGUGUGAUCAGGCCGUCAAAGAGCGAGUGGAAAGAAGACGGGAGAGUGGCGAUGCGACUGUAG